CUUUGAAGAGAGCGAGUACCUGAGGUUGACAAGAUCUGGUAUUAUUACCCUGACCUCCCGGAGGACCUAACUGAGCUUUAUACAUAGGAGAGAGCCUGCCCCAAGAGCUUACAUGACCAUUGCUAUAUAAUCCAUGAGAGCAUCACUGCCAGCACACUAAACAGCCAAUACAUAGAAUUAUCAGCCAAUAUCCACUCUUUGGGGCCACAGAAACCCCAUUUAAACCCAGCUAUCACACACAUUACUAAUAGCCUGUUGGCUGACAGCUGUUGAGAAAGAAAAUCAGUAGAUUCUACAUAAAUUAUUCUUAAUUAUUUAAUUUUUAUAGUAAAUAGAUAUUUAUAUUCUUUAAAGCGAUAUUAACUGCAUUGGCAUGGAGAUAUUGGAGAGUGGGGACCCGGUGAUGCAGUGGGACCGCAAGCUCAGCGAGCUGUCAGAGGUCCAGGAGAAUGACUCUCUCUAUAAUACGCCCUUCUCGGAACUGCUUGAUGACUCUGCUCUUCUGGAUGUCUUGGGGCAACUCAUGGGAGACCCAUUCCUUAAUGACAAGUAUGAGAUGAUGGAGGUGGAGAUGAAUCCCAGUUCCCCAUCUCCUAUGAUUAAGGCUGAGCAUAGCUAUUCUCUGUGUGGAGACUCCCGUCCACAGUCACCUUUCACCCACGGUUCUUCAGAUGACAACUUUAGCGAUGCCGAUUUGCCAGGUGACGAGUGGUGUCUUAGUGGAGAGCUCACUACAUCCAAAAUUAAGAUGGAAAUGCCCCUUGAAGAAAACCCAGGCCUCACUCCUUCUGUUACUCUGACGACUAGUACCAUCCCUGCACCCCCAGAGAUCGAAGUCCAACCUCAGCUACCAGCUUCUGAUGAGAACAAGACAUUGAAUCCCAAAUUGCUGCCUCAGAUCAAACUGGAGCCGCACGAAGUGGACCAAUUUCUUAACUUGUGCCCCAAAGAAGCUGCGUCGACUGAUACUCUUCAGCUGCCACCGACUCCACCUAGCAGCCAUGGAAGUGACUCCGAGGGUUGCCAGAGCCCUAGCAGAUCUUUACCACCAUCAAGCCCUGUCCAAUCACAGUCCUGUGGCAAAGUGACUGCCCGAAGCCCCUCCGCUCUCUCUAACUCCCCACUGCUCACUGCUCCACAUAAACUGCAAGGUUCUGGUCCCCUCUUGCUAACAGAGGAAGAAAAAAGAACCCUGGUAGCAGAGGGAUACCCCAUUCCUACAAAAUUACCACUCACAAAAGCUGAAGAAAAGGCGCUGAAGAAAAUCCGUCGUAAAAUUAAGAAUAAGAUCUCUGCUCAAGAAAGUCGCAGAAAGAAGAAAGAAUACAUGGAUAGCCUAGAAAAAAGGGUUGAAAACUGUUCAUCAGAAAACAGUGAGCUACGUAAAAAGGUGGAGGUUCUAGAGACAACUAACAGAACCCUCUUACAACAGCUGCAACGUCUUCAGGCUAUGGUUGCUGGAAAAAUGUCCCGUACGUACAAAGCAGCAAGCACACAGACGGGAACCUGCCUUAUGGUGGUUAUCCUGUGCUUUGCGGUAAUUUUUGGCAGCUUCACACAAAAUUUUGACCCAUACCCUACAGCCACCAAAACAAUGCCGGAACAGAGUCGACAUCCUGUUUCAGAGUCCUAUGCGGCCUCUGUUGUGCGCUCACGUAACCUGCUGAUCUUUGAGGAGCAUCGGGCCAUGGAAGAUCUUCACACCUCAGCAGUGGCGUUGGACACCCAGGAUGCUUGGGAGAAACACAUAGAGAGUCUCUCGCAGCAUCGAGUAUCUGUACUGGAGGAGUACAGCUUCCCACAUGAAAAAACAUACACAGCAUCAAAUGACAGUAGCACAGAGGGAGUGCCACGGCACAGGUUCAGUUCAGAUUUUGGGCAGAAUGAGCCCACCAGUGUGAUAGAAAUUGACAGAAGAGUUAAUGCGACAUCCUAAUAGCGGAUUUAAUUCCCACAAUUUCCCUUAUAAUCCUGCUCCACCAUUCCCUUUCCAAGCUGACGUAGCCAUCCCAGCUGAGCCAGCCCUUUAAAUUAGACACACCUUCAAUGGCUGAAAGGACCUGAGACUCUGAAUUGACAUUGAGGAAUGAUGGAUGUUUAAAUUGAAUGAGAUUCUUUUUGAAUUUCCCUUUUCUUUUUCUUUUUUUUUUCUUCUUCGUUUUGUCCUUGGCAUCAUUGGGCAGUCAUUGGAUGACAAUGAGAAGUCCGAAGAGGGGAUAUUUAUUACUUCCUUGCUUAAAAUGGCAGAGAAAAUUUGAAGAAUCGGCACCCAGAGGAAAACAUUUACUUUUACUGCAUCAACAUUGCUUUGUGUUUGUCAUACAUUAGUUGAUAGUAUGGCUGUAACUAAUAAGAAAGUGUAAAAUCAAGCUAAUGCUGGGAGUCAGCUGUCCAGUAGUGCCCUGCUGGAAGGGGCAUACAACUAUUAUACUUUAUAUUAAUCCAUCUGACUGUCAAAAGUUUGUUUGCUAGCCAAUGAAAUGUAGCUUAAACUUGGCUUAGAGUUGUACAGAAGACAGUUCCCUCGCUUUGGAGUGCAAUGUUACUUUAUCCAAUCAUUUCAAGGCUGUAAAAGUUAGAAUUUCACCCAUAAAUUUGAGUUUUCAGAGUAUUACCUUAAAUCCCUAAUAUUCCGCGUCCUUAUUCUUGAGUGCCUUAUAGUUUUAUAAUAAAGAUAAAAAAGACCCAUGACACUGCUUGUGUAAAAACCACGUCAAGUAGGAUAUUAUUUCUCCGUCUGGCUAAAAACUCUUGGCAACAUUACUAACCCAACGCUUCACUUAACAUUAACCAGACAGGUAGACAUUGUGUUUGGACCCUACAAAAUGCUAAUCUCUUAUCCAUAUAGGCUAACCAUUUGAACAAAAGGCUUUUCACAUUAGUUUCCAAGUUGCCACGUUCUCUUUUGUAUAGUCACACAUUUUCCACCUUUUAUCUGUAAAUAGUAUUUAUUAGUCUUUCUGCUACUCUUCUUUACCAUUCAAACUCCAAGGAAGGGCCUCACCAUUCAAAAAGAGGACCUCAAGACAGAACACUGCAUCUUUAAUGAUAACCUAUAGUUAAUUGCUUAAUAACCUGUCUUCCCAAAACAAUUAUUUGGGGUGUUUUUCCCCAAUAUUUAUCCUACAUAAUUUUAAAGCAGACUAUCACUUUCACUGCCGUGGGAGCUGAUGGACAUCAUUUAAUAUUGUUAAAUCAGUACAAUGCGAUUCCAGUCCGUGGGGAAAGUGUACUCCCACUAUAAAAAAAAAAUAGUAUAUAUAUAUAUAUAAUUAAUUGACAUGAAUAUAACAUAUUCAUGUUAAUUAAACAUGAAUCUAUUUCAUAUUAUGGCUUUGCUUCUGGACACAGAGCUUUACUACUUUGGGGAACAAUGGGGCAGUAAACGUACUUGUCAUAUGAAUAAAAGUGGUCAUUGUUCGUAAUACUGACAGCAAAGGACUUAAAAAAAAUGUGGCUUAAAGGUGGAUUCAUAGGUGGUAAUAAACUACAAUUCAUCUAAUGCUUUGCAUGUCUUAAGGCUAGUGAACCAUCCUGCGAGUUUUAGUUCUACCACGUCUCGGGAUCUGGUGUUUGACCAGAUCUUGCCUCAACCCCCCCUGCCAAACUUGUUGGCCUAGAUCCUACAUGUUACAUUAAGCACUUGGUCCUUACAGGGCUGUCCCACCCUUAUUUUCGUUGAAGAGGAUAUAUGGAUCAUUAUUCUAAUUACUAGUUUUCUUUGUCUUUGUAGUAUCCCUAGGUUACUUAGUGUUGAUCCACAAUUCAUUGAAUGCAACACUGUUUCUUUUCAUGUAUUUAUUUUCAAAUGCCUGUUGUUGUUUUGUUUCUUUUUGUCGUCUAUUUAAAGUUUUUUUUUUUUUUUUAGAUCUCAUCAGCAUUCAGUGUAAUAUGAGAACAGUAAUUACAUAGUAUUGUUCUUUAAACCGUGAGAUGCGGUGAGUUGGAAGCAGACUUAUCAAAAAAACAGUGUUGGAAUUAUUUUCAUAUGUAGAUUUAUUUCCAACAUGCUAUUUUAAUCAAAAUAAUGCAUCUUCAUGGUAAACAUGUAACAACUUUGAUGUUUAGUGAAUAAUAUUUCUGAGAUAUUAUUAAUAAUUUUGUGCAACCAUUCCCAGUUCACCAAAAUGAGUAAAGUAACCACAGGAAUGUAUUUAUUACAAAGAGCUAAGAAAAUAGAUGAUAGAUUUUUUUUUUUUUUUUUUUUUUACAUGCUCCAUAUAGGGUGACCACAUUGUCCCUUUAAAUCUGUUAUGCCACAUAGGACUACAUUGCCACUUUAAAUCAUUGGUAAAAUAAAGACUGCCAUGGACAUCUCCAGGAACAGGCUGGUUGUGUGCUUGUUAUGUCCCACAUUAAAGCAGAAAUAUACCCACCCUAGUUUUUUCUGUACCCAAAGUUAUUCACUAGACUUUCUAGUGUCAUCUGUUAUAUGCACAGGUAAAAUUUUGGCUUGCUGGGAUUGAACAGGUUAAAAGCAAUCUUCUUACUAAUUCUAUUCUCUUCCUCCUGUGGUCCAUUACAUGAUAUUAACCAUGCAUCUCUCUCCAAUAUCGGAAGGAGUUUAAUUUUUUGUUAUUAUUAUUAU